AAAAACAUCUAGCCUGACGACGAUCAGAUAGCCAGAGAGGAGCCAAACGAGGAAGUCGGGAGGAGGGACCAGUGCAGUGGCGUGGUGUGUGUAUGUGUGUAUGUGUAUGUGUGUGUGUGGAGCAAAGAGUCUCCACUGGAUUCUCCGGACGCCUCCAGCGCUGUGAAAUCGGAGGAUCUCUUCAGUUCUGCUUUGUGUCCAAAGAAGCGAUGCGCGCAAACGGACGCACGUCUCCAACGCUGCCGCGCGUCUGCUGAGAAACGACCAGCUGUUUUUUGUUUAGAAAAAAAAAAAAGAAAGAAAGAAAGUUACACACCUAUGCUGUCAAUGUCAGCACAGGUAGUGCAGAGGAUCCCGGAAGAACUCGUAGUGCAGGUUAGCAGGUUAUUUGCGUAGCUUGUGCUUUCUUUCCUGAAGCGAGCGAGCGCCCGAUGGACUUACUAACAAAGUAGUCGCUCGCUCCGAAAGCCGUCGAUUUUGUUUUUAAAGUUAAUGACCGAGAAGAAGAUGAAGGAGCUGAGGAAGAAGAAGCUGUACGUGGUGAUGGACGUCAUGUGCGUUGUAGUUGCGGCUUUGCCCUUCAUCAUUAUGACCAUCGUGUCCAAGCCAUAUCAGCGAGGGGUUUACUGCGAGGACGAGAGCAUCAGGUACCCAUUAAAACCAGACACCAUCACCCAUGGCAUGCUGGCAGCUGUCACCAUCUCCUGCACAGUCAUCAUCAUUUCCUCUGGAGAGGCUUAUCUGGUCUACAGCAAGAGGAUUUACUCCAACUCUGACUUCAACCAGUACGUAGCAGCACUCUACAAGGUUGUAGGCACCUUCCUGUUCGGAGCAGCUGUGAGCCAGUCGCUGACUGACCUUGCUAAGUACACCAUCGGCCGCCCGAGGCCUAACUUCAUGGCCGUAUGCUCCCCCAAAGUCUGCAAGGGAUACAUGCAGGAAAUCAACUGCACAGGCAAGCUUCAGGACGUCACAGAAUCCAGAUUGUCCUUCUACUCUGGUCACUCCUCUUUUGGGAUGUACUGCAUGCUCUUCCUUGCGCUUUACGUGCAGGCGAGACUUUCAGCAAAGUGGGCCAGACUUCUCCGGCCCACCAUCCAGUUCUUCCUGGUGGCCUUCGCGGUGUAUGUGGGUUACACCCGAGUCUCUGAUUACAAGCACCACUGGAGCGACGUCCUGGUGGGGCUGCUGCAGGGAGCCCUCGUUGCUGUGCUCAAUGUGCACUUUGUGUCGGACUUCUUCAAGAAGCGCCCGCCGCGCUGCACUAGAUCUGACGCAACCGAUAGCGAAGAGCCGGAGAGGAAACCCAGCCUGCAGAUUGCGGACUCCGAACAUGGCAACCAUUACAACUAUCACCACAAUCCAGGCCCCGUGUGAUAGCAGAUGAGGCUCGGGGGGAGGCUGCAGCCUGCAGAACCCAAACCUGUGUGAUAGGGUCCAACGCUGGGCCUUCAACCUUGAUUGUGCAGUCAGCAGUGUUUAGAUAACCUGGGUCACCUGCGGUCCUGACCCCAUAGGCUGCUCACCACAGACUCCUGAUGCUGUGUGAGAAGUCCUAUGAGUGUGAGAUGUUUAAUCUUAGAGUGUCUAUACGAAUUUUGCCACCAGCUCUUUGUAUGUCUGUUUAGAAGGAGUAAAGCUAAGGAUCUGUAGCUUGCAGCCUCCAAGCCCCCAGCUUCUUCCCCCGUGUGUCAACCACUCACACCCAACCUACUCCCCAACCACUGGACUGACUGAGGGGGGGCUGCAACCAGUCGCAAAGGUACCCGAGCCCCCCCGAAAGACACCACGAUGACCUCCUUUUCUCCUGUAAGAGAGAGAGGAGCAUAUUGUUUUUAUUACAUCGUUGUUGAUGUUGAAGCGUAUGUGUUUUAAAGCUGCAUUAAGUGAAAGAGUCCAAACCCACCAUGACGAGGCUGUCAUGAUGCACCGAGCACUGGGUGCUAAUGUGUUAGCAAACAAGUUACACGCAAAGCUAAAACAAAGGACUGUGAGCUUUGUAUGGCCAAAUGACAAAUGUAGGUCUGACAUUCACUCACCUUUUACACCAUGAAAAAUAUGUUUUUUUUUGGCUUGAAACAUGGUAAUGAUACAGGAAAUAGCUGCCUACAGUUUCAUAUAAUAGGUCAGUGAGAGUGGUUGGGUUUCAGCUGUAUGGAUGGUCUGAAUGUGCCUAAAAAACCUCAGAAAUCUGGGGCAUGAAUCUGUUGAUUCACAGUGGGAUCUAGCAGCUCUUUUUCUUACAGGGGAGCUCUUUUAUUUUAAUGUUAACAUCAAAUAUAUUGCUUAAUGGAGCUUUAACUUUUUUUUAUGUUUUGAAUUUAAUAUGUAGGGAGCCAAAUUUGUUGGCAGUAGUGAUAUAAAAAAAAAACAAGUCAAGAGAAGAAGAAAAGACGAGAAUGUUUAUAUUAUUAGGUAAAAGCACAAUUUGUUGAUUGAUUAGCUUCACUUGAGUGCACCUUAAACUGGCUUCACAUUAGAAGAGUGUCGCAGAUCAUAACAAAUUACUGCAGUGGCAACCAGUUCACAGCCGAUGAGCUAAUAUUCUCCGCAGAUCAUGCCACCACGUUGGCAAUAAAGCUCCAAAACUCAAAAAUGUCAGCUGCAGGCCAACCCAAAGCUGCUUUGAAAGAGGAUGUAUGUCGACUUAACCAACACGCCAAACUAGCAUCUGACAUUAGCUGACAAUACCUGUCCUAACUGCCACACAAACAGGUCCAGAUGAACAAUAUAAUGUUUUAAAAAGUGACUACACAGGCUUGUCGUGCUCGUGCUCGAUGACUCACCCUACUUCAAGCAACUCUGAUUCACUGGCUCCGGUCGAAUUCAACUCCCAGCAAUUAUUCUUAUUGGGCGUCGUUUUGUAUCACUGAGUGUGCCCUGAUAAAGAGUUUGACUGUGUUGAGUCAGCUCGAUGGUGCCAACUAGUCUGAAAUUUUUAUUUGUGAGGAGGAAAUAUGUCGAGUCUUACUGGGUAACCUCACCAAUUUUCCACAUUAAAGGUCCUGGGGAAGCUGCAUGUGAGACAAAAGGAGUAUAAACCCUUUGUUGCUCCAGAGUAAGCUGCAUUUAAUCUGACAAAUUGCCUCCAGUGAUGUCGCUCAGGUUGCAUUGUGGGUAGUGUCCAUCGCUGGAGGUAAUUUAUCAGAUUACGUGCAGUUUUAUCCUACUUUCCUGCAAACACACUUUAAUCUGAGAAAUUGGACGACUUACCCUUUAGAGCAGACUUUGUGCCCAGGCAGGGUUUGAUGCACCCUCAAAUCUAGUGAUGCUUUUCUAACAAUGUAAAUCAUUUAAACUGUGGAGUUUAUGAAUGACUUGUAUUUCCCUUGUGUGAAAUGGACUGCAGGGGUAGAAAAACCAUUGAUGCGGACGACUUCGAUCCCUGUUGGACUAUAAUGUGUCAAACCACUACUAUAUCGCCAAUCAAAUCAAUUUGGCCUCUAUAUUGUCUUCUUCGUUUACUUUAAUUUUUUUUUUCUCCAACUAUAAUAAUCAAAGAAGGAUGAGACAGCCAUUUUGAAAAUGGUGUUUAAUUUAUUUUUUAAAUACAAGAAGUUCUUUAUCUACUCUCACAAGGUUUGGAAAUGCCGGCGCUGUUUUUGUGCAAUCACCCCCGCUUGCCACUAUGAGCCACAAAUGUAUGUACUAAUGCUAUGAGACAUGUUUCAUGUUGCGUGAAGGAUGUAUAUACAUGCUUGUGUGUUUGUGUAUUUUACAUGUAGGUACAUUUUAAAAUUUUUUUUGCCUGUACAGUGUGCUUCAGCCUGUGCCUUUUCAGACCGGUGGCUGUUAAAGUCGCCACACUAACGGAUCCAGUUCCAGGUCCAAACAGAAGCCAGAUGCCUUGGCAGGGCUUUUAAAGGGCUGUUGUAAUGAUAAAGGGUUACAUACCCAACUGUGUUUUUGAAGCUAGUAACACCGCUCCACUGCCACUUCAAAAGAUUCGUCUCUGUUCCUUUUCCCCUUCCUGCGCUGAUAGAUGGGGUUAAUUUGUGAGUAAGGCCUCCUAUAUAGAUUGUGUACAGCAUGCAGACCCCUGGAGGACUGACAACACAUCAGACAGACCACAAACCUGAUUUGGGCGGCGGACAGGAAGACAGAGAGAAUCUCACCUGGUAGUGAUUGUGAAGCCCUGAAGCUGAGCUGUGACUGGAGAGGCUGGGUACAUUUAGGGGAGGGGUGUGGGGUAUCCCGUGGUGAACACUGGUCCCCGGGGUCUUCUACACAUUUAAAAAAACAGAUUUAUAACAAGAAACAGCUGGACAUUGGUUGCAGUGAAGUGCCACGCCCCCCCCCUCCUCUUGCUGCCUACAUCUAAAUCAUCCAUGUAUUCCUGCAGGCAGACUAAUAGCCCACAAAUGAGGAUGUAGAAACGUCAUGGUGUUUGAUUCCCGUCAUGGUAACCAAAGUUCUCAGCUGGUGAUGUGGCUCCAUGUGUUGUUAUGCUUAAUUGAAUUAGUGCCUUAAACUAGGCACUGGUUGGCCGACCUCCUGUUUGUAUGUUGACAUGGAGGUAUGAUUCAUGUUUUUUUGCUCUUUUUGUACAUAGAUUAUAUCUAUAGGCUCUAAAAACAAAGGAUUUUAAAUAAAGACAUAAUCCAUAUUGAA